AGAAAUUAAGGAGCAUGAAAAGUCAGAGAAGGAUUUAGAAUUUAGGGAACAAGAAAAAUUAGAAACAGCAGUUAAAAGAAGAGCUAUAGCUGUACAUCAUGCAAAAUUUAGAGAAAUACUUGAAAAGGAAUUUGAUAAGUGUGAACAAUUUAAGUUCACUAUAUGUUCACUUACUAAAUUUCUUAUAGAUGAUAAACCCAGGAAUGAAAAACAGGGAAAAAAGAAUUCACAAACUAAUUGGCUUAGAAAUAAGCAAAUUAUAAUCUACAAUAGAGCUGAAAUAGAUGACUACUUAAGCGAUGCCUUUGAACAAAUUCUAUACCAAGUGGAGGAGAGAGAUGGAAGGUCUAAUGCUUGA